UUAUAGUCCCGAACACGACUCUUGUGCCGAGCUAGGCGCAGGGAGUUUGUAUGGUCUGAGGUGCCCGCCGCUCUGCCCGCGCUAUAUAGUAGCGAGUCGCUUCGUGCGGGCGUAGAGGACUUGGUAGUGGGGAGGGAACUUGGGGAGCUGCUCCUGUGGGGUCCGGGCCCCUGGUGUGAUUCCUUGCCCCAUGCAGUGACCUUAGUGGUGACCUGUUUAUUCCCAGGGCUGUCUCUGGGCUCCCCCUGCCCUGCGGGGCCCAGUGCGAGCCCAUCCCCACUGCCCUGCACCUGCGUGCGGGCUGAAGGGCUCCCGACUCGCGCUCUCACUCCAACUGCGUGAGCUGCGACUCGAGGUCACUCCCAAGGGCGGCGUUGAGGUCACAAAAGCAGCCCCAGCGUGGGGCGAGUUAGUGCGCUGCACAAUAGGGAGGGAGCACUGGUUGGCAGAGAGGAGGAUUUGAUCUGGCAAACCAUUAGAGGUGUUGGUAAAGGUUGGGAACGGCUGCUAAGCUGGUUGGUCCCUGUAUAACUGCUUCUCUGCACCUAAUGGUGCACUGUAUUUACUUUUUAGUGAAUGAGUCUACUUAAUCUUAGUUGUUAACAGUUCCCAUUAGGAAAGAAACUCGUGGUCUGUUCAGCAAAAUUUCUGGCAUUGUUAUACUUUUAAUAACUUCAAUCCUGUAGUAUGUAAAGGAUCUUCAGAUUUUGGCAUUUAUGCUCCAUUUGACAGGGAAGCUUGCAAUGCUGGUUUUUAGAGCUAAAUGUAAUUUAUUUUACUACCAUUGCCCCAUGUAUGCAGUUGGUUGACAAAUGUGGUGCCUGUAUGUGUAUAGGUAUAUGAAUUAUUAUAUGAGUGCUUUCCUCCUCAAUCUGCAGCUUUAUUUUACUGGAUGCUGAAUGUCACCGCUGGAGAGCAUUAAAAUGAAUCUGGCUCUAUCUUUUCAUUUUUCUUCUUGGAUUAUCCUGCAGAGGUCCUAAGAAAAACAAAUAUUUUAACAGAGGAGUUCCCCUUUUCAUUUCCUACUCUGCUGAGAACCAGACUAUUUGGGGAGCUCGUUUGGGGAUAUACCAACAUGGAUCCAAGCAGCGAUUACCAGUUCCUCAAUGAGAUUCUGGGAAAAGCUGUGAAAAUCACCUUGAAAUGUGGUGUCUUCCAGGGAAUAUUGCAGCAUGUGGAUUCCAGCAGAAGUAUCAUUCUGAGCAGAGUGAAGAACUUGGAAACAGGCAGAAGCAUGGCAGGUGUGAAGAUGUUUUUUGCUUAUGAAAUUGUGAAUGUGGAACUGCGGGAGGAACUGGAACAAGAUGCAGCAAGGGGAGCUGCAACUCCCAUCAGGGACAAUCUAGUUACCAGAGGAACUGAGAUGGACAGGGGAGAACCAGCAGAUCACAGCCCACAGAGUUCUUGUAUUUCCCUAGAGAGCCAGGCCACCACCCUGAGUAACUUAAAAUAUACCCUGGCAGGGGAGGAAGAAGAGGAAAAUAUGAAGUACAUAGUCAUUGAUCAAUUCCAGCAGAAAUUUGGUCCCGCUAUGCUGCACAUCAAAAAACAGAGUGUUUUAGGUGUGGCAGCAGAGGGUGUUAAUCUGUGUCGUCAUGGAAGACUCUGCUGGCUUCAGGUAGCCACGAGAAGUCGGGUUUUUUUAUUUGAUAUUUUCUUUCUGGGGCCUCGAGUUUUCAAAAAUGGACUGCAAGUGGUGCUGGAAGACAAGAACAUUUUGAAAGUCAUGCAUGACUGCCGUUUGAUCUCAGACUGCCUGUCACAUCAGUAUGGAAUCAUUCUUUCCAACGUAUUUGAUACACAGGUUGCUGAUGUCUUGCAUUUUUCCAAUAUAACAGGUGGGUUCCUUCCACAUCGCAUCAGCUCCCUACAGGAGUGCUUGAUGCGGCACCUCAAGAUGUCCCCACGAAAGGUGUCCUUCCUGGCAUACAGGCAGCAGGCUGUUCAAAUCUCUUGUAUGGAGCUGCCAGAGGAGCUGCAGCAGCUGGCAGAUUUCCAAAAGCUGCGAAGAGAGAAAGCAUUAAAAAAGUACAAGGUAAAUGAGGAAGGUCUCCUGAUCAGACCACCAGUGGAAUCCAAAGGAAAGAAGGCAGCAGAAGUGGAAGAAAAACGAGAGGAUAGUUGUUGGCUUUCUUCUAAUGGAGCAGCCUUUAAAAAGACAUCCUUCCAUCCCCAAGAUCCACUUCAUCAAAAGGAUGAUGAGCAGAAGCAAGUGGUAGAUAACUGGGAAAAUAAAAAGUCUAGAAUCGGCUAUAAAAAUCCACCCUUUGAAAUGGAGUCAGGAGCAAGAGACUUGGUCAGCUGGAACUCUGUAUCAGAGAACACCCAAGCAAUGGGGAAGGGAUUCCCUCCAGAGCAGAAACCUCAGGCACAGGCUGCUGGAUCUUUACAAGAAGAGAUUAGUCUAUUGUUCCUAGGAAAGAAGGAUGAAGACUUAUUUUGUGCAAAGCAUAGCACCACUGUGUCUGCCUCUACUCCUCCAAAAAUUAGCAGUUCUCUUCAUGAUGCAUUUCAGGGUCCACGGCAGCCCUCACUUUCUGUACUGCCUCCUUGCCCAGUCCUAGAGACUGUUGAUUUGUGUCAGAACCCAUCCUUGAAGAUGACCCAGACCUACAUUUCCAAUUUCCCAGUAAGGCCAGAAAGGGAAAGGAGUUCAGCAGUUCGCUUUGCCUUUCCUUCAGGUCUCAACUGCCGGAUGCCAGCACCAAGCCCUGCAGGAAAAUAGCAGAGCUAUUUUCAUUACUCUUUCAAAAAAAGAAAAGAUCGUUGUCUCCAUUGUCCUGUCAGUACAAGUGUCUUCAAGAAUUUUUAGGUAUUGGAGAAAAGUAUUUCAUUUCUAUGUUCCCCACUUGUUGGAAUAGUUCUACAGAACUCUCACCCAGUUCCAGCAAAGCUUUUGUAGUGCAGACGAGGCCCUACUGUAGAUAUAGCUUGCUGGUAUAGUUUAUAUCAGUCCCCUGAACUAAAUAAGCUAUAACACCAAAAGCACUCUUGCGCUGGUAUAACUGCAUUUUACCCAGGACUUUUGCUGGUAUAAAAAAAUCACACCCCUAGAUGACAUUACUAUGUCUGCAAAAGUUUCUAGUGUAGACCUGGCUCAGGUGUGACAAAACUGAUGUAGACUUAGCUCCAUCAUUUUUGCAAACUGAUAAAGUAACUGAGCUGUGUAGCAUGGGAUUGCUCAAGAUUGUCCAUGAUUUGGUAAAUACAUAUAUUUAAGUAUUGCACGGUCAGUACUCCUGAUAUUUUGGAAGAGAAAAUCACCUCAUUCUAUUGGGAGUGGGGCUAGAAAUGGGGAGGUUGUGUUGUGAAGUUUUGUGGCUGGUUGUAUUCAGUAAGAUUUCACUGAGCACUAACAGUGUUCGUAAUAUGGAGGAGGUAUGGUUCUCUGCUCCAAGGAGAUUGCACUCUUGUGGUCCCCUCGUUCUUAGAUUGCAGAGUUUCAUUAAUUACAUGUGAGGCUGUUUCAUUAUCAUAUGGAAUCCAGGGUUUGUGCUUUUGAAUGUAUACAAAUACUUGUUUGAGUUGUUGUGUUGACCGGGACACAAACUGUUGAGCCAUUGAUUUUCAGUUGUCAACCUGUGAUGUAUAUGUGCAUUUUUGAAGUAUUAUUGCCAGGGAAAACAAACUCCAUAUAUUUUUACAAACGAUACUGAACUAGCGGUUCCCAAAUAGGACUUUCUUUUGGUACUGGCUUACUUUUUUUUUUCAUUGAAGGUGUUUCAGAGGUGGAUCAUGCACCUAUAUCCGUGCAUUUUGGGGGCUAAAGAGAGACAAGCUUCCAUAAGUUCUCUGAAACAUUUACAGUAUUCUGUAUUUAAGAAAAAAAUCCAGGUUCUGCUGUCAUGGUUUAAAUAAAAAAAUAAAACCAGUUUGAAACCA